AAGUUUUAGUCUUCAUGGGAUAUCAUCAACAGAAAAACCCAGCAUUGGGUUGUAGUGCUAUUGAUGAAUUAGCGUCUACGCGUUGCAACGUCACAAUCUCCCCUGGAGGUCCGAGAUCAAUAAAAAAAGAGAUAGACAUUGACGUCAAAGCAUCAUCUCUACACAGCUAUGAAAGUUUGUAUUACUUAAGAAUUUUUACAGGAGAGAUUGGAGACCCAGAUAUAUGGCACAAUUAUAAAAUAAUAGAAAUACCCCUCCAGAUUGAUCACCCAAAUGGUCAUUUUAAAGGCGCAACUAACUGUAAAAGUAACAACGAUCCACAUAUGACAACAUUUGAUCAAAGAUAUUACGAACAUCAUACACAGGGCGUGUAUCUUCUGUAUAGGAAUACAGAGUUAGACUACAAGGUUUACAUUAAAACAACGAAAUGUAAUAAGGCAGCUACGUGUAAUUGCUUAGUAGCGGCCGAGGUAGAAGACGAUCUUCUUGUCGUUGAUUCUUGCGCAGAAAACCGUAUAUACUAUGGUCAAACAAGAGGGGUGAAGUUCAGGAACAGAAAAGUAACGCUUUUCCAAAAUGGAGAUUUGGCUCGUGGUUUCAACUUAAAAACUGCCCAAGAUGGAAAAGCACUAAAGAUAACAUUACCGAGUGGCACCGUGGUAUCCGUAUCAGAUGGACGUCUAUUUAAUGUAUUGAUAACACCCUCAAAUCUGGAUAAACCAAGAGGAGAUAGGUUUGACGAGAACUACAGGACACGAACUGAAGGAUUAUGCGGUGAAUAUGAUCAGAAUUCUGAAAAUGAACCAGGGAACCUUGAAAAAUGGAGAAUAACAGACACGCGAUUUUUGAAUAACGGGGUUCCACCGAAAGAUACCUUGAGACAAUAUUGUGUUUGUACAUCAAAAGGAAAACUCUCAUGCGCAGAUGCUUGCAAUGUAACGAGCAGUCUUACAAUGAUGGGAAGUGGGUAUUUUACCGACGACGUGUAUCCUACAGAUGAGGACUUGCAGGAAGACAUUUUGGACAAUUUGGAUACAGGUGUCGAAAUGUUCCAUUCCAGUGGAAAAUGGCCAACGGCGUCUGGGUGGACAGAAGAAAACGCCUUGGAAUUUUGUACAGCAGCUAUUAACAGCACGAGUGCAGCAAGUGCUUCACAGAGUCUACCCGAAAGUCUAGAACUUGAGUCCUACAUCAGAGGAUGCGUGCUAGAUAUAAUGCUUACAGAUGGAACUGAAUGGUUAGAAGACACUCUUGAAUCUCUCCGGACAGAGGUAGCCUCUGUGGUUGAACGGAACAUAUCUAUGUGGGAUAUAAACGACGAAGGUGAUCCUGUCGGACCUCCAUCUGAAUUCACGAACCAGUUAUGCCCACGAAAUUGUAGUGAUCAUGGGAAUUGUGUGAAUGGAACGUGCGAAUGCGAUGCAGAACACACAGGAGCAGACUGUGCCCUUGAACGGUCAACUCCCCCGACACUUCUAUUUGUCCCGGAGAGGGGAUUGUGUGACGUACGUUUGAGACCAUGUAGAGCAACGCCGAUAAUGGGAGAAAACUUCGUGGACGCAUCAAAUCUAACUUGUUAUGUGAGACAAUUACAGAUUAGACAAAAUGGAACCACGGAUUUGAACGACGAAAUUCUUGUUACAAAGGCUCAAUUCGACUCAUACCAAAGAAUUAUUUGCCCACUAUUUCCGACUGAUCGAGCUGUACGGCCGAAUUAUACAGAAACACCCAUAACUCCAGAAAUUCCAGCGAUUGGAUUCAGAGUUGAAGUCAGCAAUGAUGGUAAUGUUAAGAGUGACUCUAUUGACCUCGUGUCAUACGACGCAUUGUGUUUGAAUUGUACAGGAUUUGGGUCUACAAAUUGCUCACAAAAUCCGUUACCUCACGAUGGUUACUUAGUACGGUCCGAACAAGGGAUACCUGCUAAACGUAACUCAUUCGAAGACAUCAUAGACCAUAUAAAAGAAAAAGAAUUGCAGAAACGCAGAUUCAAAUAUCGGAUGUUAAUCGCAUUGGGUCUUCUGAUAUUGCUAUUAGUCACAGCGGCUAGCAUCGGAGUAGGAGUAGCAUCUCUUUUUGGUCCUUCCGAUAGUUGGAAUCACUACAACAAUCCCCAGCUGGAGUGGUCCAGAGCAAACAUUACAAAUACAACAAACAGUAUGGGCACUAUUGAGACCUAGCAGUAAUAAUGUGCACAAUGAGCAAUAUGACCAUUUAACAUAAAGGCUUCCAAAGACAAAUGACGAAUUUGCGCCAAAUGACGUCAUGCGUCAAAUGACGUAUUUACGUUGAGUAUUACAGCGUUGCCUUUUGAGUAAUCGUGGACACUGCAGUAAGAAUGGUUUCCAAUAUACUUACAAGAAGAACGAAAUCGACAAGAACAUCAUAAACUGUAUGAUUCUACAUAGCUGGGAUUUUAGCUAUAAGAUUUUAUACAAAAAGAAAAAUAACAUAUUUGUCUGAUAGCAGCACGCUGUGUAAUAGCUAUAGCGUGUGUCACAUCCAUUUUGAUUUGCGAAAGGAAAGUUCUGUAUUUAAGCCUUCUUCCUAUAGCUAAUAGCUGCAAUCUGAAAAAUGAAGAUAUACAGACUUUUAUCCAACGACAUAUUUCUUGUUGUGCCUAUUUUAAUGACAUUUGCACUAUUUAAACAUUUUUAAGUUAUUAUAUUUGGGAAAGAUAUCAUAGUGUGGGAUAAUUCUAAAAAUGAUAACUCUGAUUUUAGAGAGGAAAUGAUCUUUGGAAUAGUUUUUAAAUAUUUCCGUCAUAUGAUAACUUUUCUGUAAAUAUGUAUAUUACAAAUUACAAACCAUUUUAUAUCUAAGAAUUAUAUACAUAGAUUUAUAGUAUUAUAUAAGCCCAUGAUAUAAGCUAUUUGAUUGAAAUAGAGAAAACAUUGAGCUCGUUGUGCCAUCUUUUGUAGGACACAGCACUUUUUGUACAGGGUGUCCCAAAAAGGAAACCGGGAUUUGAUAGACUAGAUGCGAGUGCAAAUAAUCUUGAUUUACUGUAUACGUCAUUGAAAAUUCAAAGUUCAGUCAAACUGACGUCAUAUUUGGAAACUACAUGUAAAAUUACAUCUAGAAAUGUGGUUUUGAAGAGUUUAUCAAAUUUGAUAAGCAAGCCACCGGGUGGCUAAUUCGGGGGAAAUAACAUGGCAGGGUAUUACA